CGGAGCCGCAGCCGGAGCCGCAGUCCGAGCCGCCGCCGGAGCCAGAGAAGGGGCAGCCGCGGCGCCGGGCACGGCGCAGCUCCGGCGGGAGCCGGGAAACGAUUUCUGCCAGCGGGACGCCGGGGAGCCGCCCGCCGCGGCGCGGAGCCUUGGAGGAGCGGGCCGGGAGCUGAGGGGGGCGGAGGAGGCGGAGGCGAGCGGGGCGCCGAUGGAGCGGGCGCUGGGGCUGCCCGCAGAAGAGGACCUCUUCCACAAGAGCCUCGCCGCCUCGGCCAAGCGCAUGGAGUCCGCCUUCCGCUCGCCCCCGGGGCUCGACCUUUCCCACCCCCGCGACCGCCAGCCCUCGCCGCUCGCCUGCUACGAGGCGUCGGAGCCCGAGGCGCUGCUGCAGCCCGGAGUCGGCGGCGACCCGCUGGCGCUGCCGCCGGGCUCCGUCUGCGUCAAGUACGGCGAGAGCGCCAGCCGCAGCUCGGUGGCCGAGAGCAGCGGCGGCGAGCAGAGCCCCGACGACGACAGCGACGGCCGCUGCGAGCUGGUGCUGCGCGGCGCCGGGGGGGACCCGCGCGUGGCCUCGCCGGCGGCGGGCGGCGGCGGCGGGGGGGGCGGGGGGCUGAAGGCGGCCGAGGGCAGCUGCUCCAACAGCCACGGGCACGGCGGCAGCAAGAAGUCCAAGGAGCAGAAGGCGCUGCGGCUCAACAUCAACGCGCGGGAGCGGCGGCGGAUGCACGACCUGAACGACGCGCUGGACGAGCUGCGGGCGGUCAUCCCCUACGCGCACAGCCCCUCGGUGCGGAAGCUCUCCAAGAUCGCCACGCUCCUCCUGGCCAAGAACUACAUCCUGAUGCAGGCGCAGGCCCUGGAGGAGAUGCGGCGCUUGGUGGCUUAUCUCAACCAGGGCCAGGCCAUCUCGGCCGCCUCCCUGCCCAGCUCCGCCGCGGCGGCGGCGGCGGCGGCGGCGGCGCUGCACCCCGCCCUCGGCGCCUACGAGCAGGCGGCCGGCUACCCCUUCAGCGCCGGGCUGCCCCCCGCCACCUCCUGCCCGGAGAAAUGUGCCAUCUUCAACAGCGUCUCCUCCAGCCUCUGCAAACAGUGCACGGAGAAGCCUUAAGCGCCGCCGCCGUGGCCGCCCCCCGCCGCCGCCGCG